CUCUCCGUGAAAAGCCCAAGUUGGUCCCUGCAUCCAAUCGACCAUUUCUAUGGCAACGGCUGCAGAGCACAUGUUGGAGGCUGCGUGACUGGAAGGGGCUAGGCUGCUGCAGCACACAGAAUUGGGGCCCAAAAUUGCACUGCCCUUGACUGAGGUCAUGUUAGUGGUGGCCCCUGGAUGGUAGCCUGGGCUUAAGCCAGGACUUCUGCCAUAUUUUGGAAAGAGUGAGAGAGCAAGUCCAAGGAGAGCAGGGGGGAGGCUUACAGUCCCAUCAAAAUGGCUGGGUAACAAGGGAUGCAGAGAGAAAGUCGUCUACAGAAGUAAGCCUCUUCGUGCCUCUUUGUGGAAGCAAACAGAAAGAGAGCAAGUCUUCCCUCCAGUGCAACUCCCCACCCAGCUGAACUUAAGAAGAUCCUUUGGUUCAAACCUUCCGCCCCUUCCAGGAGCCAAGAUGGUGAUGUCCCACGGCACCUACACCUUCCUUACGUGCUUCGCUGGCUUCUGGCUUAUCUGGGGGCUCAUUGUGUUGCUGUGUUGCUUCUGCAGCUAUUUGCGGCGGCGCAUGAAACGGCGGCAGGAAGAGCGGCUGCGGGAGCAGCACCUGCGCACCCUGGAGAUGGAACCCCUGCACUAUGAGGGUUAUGGGGCCCCAGCCUAUGGGGGCUCUGGCUAUGGAGGUGGUUACAUCAGAAGCCCACCAGGCAUUGCUGUGCCCCACCGGCUCCGCAUUGAGCCUCAUCGUCCCCACAUCCCACCCCCACGGCCAUGGAGCUGCAGACAUGAGCCGGAUCCAUCCAAGCCCCCCUGCUACGAGGAAGCCGUGCUGAUGGCUGAGCCCCCACCACCUUACAGCGAAGUCCUGACAGACACACGUGGCUUGUACCGCAAGAUCAACACCCCCUUCCUGAGCCAUGAGCAGCCUGAGAAGCAGGAGCAGCCGCCUAGCUAUAAGCCCCUUUUCCUGGACCGGGGGUAUGGUUCAGCUCUCCAGCUGCCGAGCUCAGCCAGCCGGGGCCCCACCUGCACCAACCUCUACUUGGAGUCAGGCUCCUCGCAGUGCAUCUUCCCGAGCUGGACAGACUCAGAGCUCAGCACCAGAGACAGCUAUGAACCUGGGCCCUGGCAUCUGCCUGUCUCAAUGCCUCUCUUUGGCAGGACUACGGCAGUUUAGCGUGCCAUGCCACAACCUGUGUUGGGGGACUGUAGGUUGCUGCCCAGAUGUUGGGGUGCGGGCAGCCUGUUCCCAAGGCCCAUGAAAGCCACCAAGGCCCCUUAGUCCAAGCCUUCCAGCCAUGUCCGGGCCACAGGCCUUCACAGGGCAAAGAAUCCCCUUUAUUGCUACUUUGACCUCUUGGCCAGGGCAAGAGUGGGGCUGGUCUCCCCAUCUUGCCCGCUUCCUUUUUUCUGGGCCCACUACAGGCUCUGUUGGUGCUGACUGCAAGGGGGGGCCUCUGGCUUGGCCAAACUUUGUUUCCUAUUUUUUGUUUGUUACAUUUUGACAAUAAUAAAGUUUGUGGAACCUGA